AUGUUUAAGGCAGCAGUACUGCUUUCUAAUCAAUAUAAUAUAAAAAUCGACGGAAAUUUCAUAGGAUGGCAAGCAGGACAAACUAGUGGCAAUAUAAUAGAUUCGCUGAGUGAUGCAUGUCGUUCAGUGUCUCAAUCAAAUAUUGUUGGUAUUGUUGGUCCAGAAUUAUCAAGAGAAGCUACAAUAACAGCUCCUUUUGGCGAGUCAAUUGGUAUACCUGUUAUAUCAUAUGCUGCAACUAAUCCUGAUUUAUCUGAUGAAAAUGCUUAUCCUAAUUUUUAUCGCACAGUUCCUUCGGAUAAUACAGCUGCAAUAGCUCUGGUAAAACUAUUCAAUCGAUUUAAUUGGACAUCAUGUUUAAUUAUUUAUCAAAAUGAUGCCUUUGGAUCUGGUGGAGCCAAAGCUAUAAGUGAUGCAUUUAAUACAAGUAAAUUAACAGUAACACAAAUGGUUAUAUUUGAUAUUACUAAACGUGCUAUUCGUGGUGAUUUGAAAAAUUAUCUAAUGAAUUCUGCUUCACGAAUUGUUAUUUUAUGGGCUGAAUCAAUUUAUUCAACUUUGAUUUUACAAGAGUCUCUUGACUUAAAUGCAGUCGGUCCAUAUUUUACAUGGAUUCUAAGUUCUCGUGUUUCGUUAAAUUCUUUCAAUAAAACAUAUCAGCAAAAUUUAAUUGGAAUGAUUCUGAUUGAACCAGUUGUAGGAUCAGUUGUAAAUGCACCAUAUAAUUUAACAUUAUUAAAUGACGCAUAUAGUAUUUGGCAACAAUAUGAACCUGAAACAUUUCCUAGCUCAAUGAACGUCGAUUAUUAUGCAUUAUUUGCAUUUGAUGCAACAUGGUCAUUAAUUCAAUCAUUACAACAAUUAUGUUCAUCAACAAUAAAUAAUGUUUCUUCAUGUUUGUCAUUUGCUGCAUCUUCAUUCUGUUUUGAUAGUCGUUUCGUUCAAUCUGAUUUAUUGUUAUCUGAACUUGAUACAACAGAAUUUCUUGGUGUAUCUGGUCCUGUAAAAUUUAGUGAUAAUAUGACAGAUCGAAUAAAUGGUUCAUAUUAUUCUUUAAAAAAUGUUCAACCUUCUGUAAAUGGUUUGAAUUUUGUAUCCGUAUUAGAAUAUUUUGAUCCUGGUAAUUGGAGAGUACCUAUAAUAGAAAAUUUUAUUAUAUGGCCAGGUAAUUUAUUAACACAACCUAGUGGUCAAGCAGUUCUUAAAGGUGUUACUUUACGAAUUGGUAUUAUUGAAUCAGUUCCAUUUACAAUAGUUCAAAGUGUUACAGAUGCAAAUGGGCAGAGUACAAUACAGUAUAGUGGAUACAUACCGGAUCUUAUUCAACUUUUACAAAAUAAUAUAGGAUUUAAUUCAAUUCUUCUAUUAGCACCAUCAAAUCAAACUUAUGAUGAAUUAGUCCAAUCAGUAAAUAAGAAUCUUUAUGAUAUAGUAAUAGGUGAUGUAACCGUUACUUCUGCACGAAGAGAAUCAGUUGGCUUUUCCAAUGCCAUAUUUGACAAUUCUUUACAUAUUAUAAUGCGAAAAACACCUGAUGUUAAAGUCGAUCUGUUAGCAUUCUUAAGACCAUUUUCACGUAGUUUAUGGAUAUUAGUCUUUGGUACUUGUAUAUAUGCUGGUAUUUUAAUGUUUAUUAUAGAAAGAAAAGAUAAUGAAGAUUUACAAAAUCGAUCAAUAGUUUCUCAAUUAACAAUGAGUAUAUGGUAUUGUUUUGGAAAUUUGGUAGGAUAUGGUGUAGAUUUUGAUGUCAAUACGGCUGCUGGACGUAUUUUAACUGUUGGUUUAUAUAUCUUAAGUUUGAUAUUAGUAGCGUCAUAUACUGCAAAUUUAGCAUCUGAUCUUACAAUAGCAAAAUCACAAUUUAUUAUUUCUGGCAUUGAUGAUAUUAAAAAUAGAAAAAUAGCACCGAACCGUAUCGGUAUUCGUGUAGGUACAGCUAGUGAAGCUUAUUAUUUAUCAGAAAUAUCUGGAAACAAUCGAAAUUAUUAUGCAUUACAUUCUCGACAACAGCUAUACGAUAGUCUACUUGCGGGUAUUAUUGACGUAUCGUUUUUGGAUGAAGGAAUUGCUGAAUAUGUGACGAAUAAUGUAUAUUGUAAUUUAACUUUAGUUGGAGACGGUUUUGACGUAGGUGUCUUUGGUAUUGUUACUCCUAAACAAUGGCUAUAUGCACAAGAUUUAGAUGUUAAUAUUUUAAAAUUAAGAGAAUCAGGUGAUCUUGAUAAUUUAAGACAAAAAUGGUUUCAAGCAAAGAAUUGUCCUGAUUCAACUACAACAUCAACUGCGAUCGGAAUUGAAGCAGUAGGUGGAUUAUUUAUAAUAUUUGCAGGAAUUAGCAUUUUAUCAUUAUUAUUAUUUAUAUGGAUGAAACGGUAUAAUAUUAAAAAUUAUUUAUCAAAAUUGAUAUGUAGAAAAGAAUCUUCAACCAAAGGAAAAUAUUCGACGAAAAAAAACUCAAAGGAAACUUGUGAAAAUCCACAAAAUCAUCAAAUGGCAUUGGCCGAUUUUUCAAGUUUUUAA